AUGAUUAGAAAUGUUUUAUCAUCAAAGUUAACUUUAAAUAAAGUAUCAAGUGCUGGUUUUCAAAUAAGAAAUAUUGCAUCACUUAAAAGUGAAGUUAAAAAAGGAUUAUUUGAAGAGUUAUUCCCAUUGGCUACCAAAAUUGAUCCAACCUCAAGUUCAUUUAUUGCAAUUGAACCAAUUGAAGGAACCAGUGUCAAUGGCACACUUUUUGUAGAUAAAAAAACAGAACUCAAUAGUUUAUAUGGAUCAAAUUUAAAGGUACCAAAGAAAGGCGCACAAGAUAGAGUUGAUCUCUUAGUUUCAAGCAAUGAAGAUAAAUUGGAAAUGUUUGAUUCUAUUAGUAGAUCAGCUUUAGAGAGAUCUGAUGACUUUAGAGAAGAUAUGGAUUUCCACCAUAGACAAAUAUACCAACUUACUCCAUCAGAUUUUGAAGAGAUGGAGAUUAGAAAAAAGAAAAAAGAAUUACACAAACAAGAGUGCUUUGAUGAAUAUAUUAAACAUCUCGCUAAACACCAUGAGAAACCAAACCACUUGUCAUUUAUUAUAACAGAAACAUUAAAUAUUACCAACGAACAAAUUAUAAAUACCCUUCAAGAGUCAAUUGAACAUCCAAUUUCCUCAUAUUCAAUUAAAAGAUCAAAAGAUAGAACUUAUUUUGGUAAAAAGAUGUCAACAAUGGUUUCAAUUAUAUUAAAUAGUGAAUAUGACGAUUUGACUGUUGAUAAAGACGUAUAUUAUAAAAGAUUUUUAAAUUUUGGUAUAAUUUUUAAUGGUGAAAGACAUCAUGUUAUUAAAUCAAGUGGUAUUAAAACAAUCGAAAUUAGAAUCAGCGAUGAUGCUGAUGAAAAAAUUAUAAGAGAAAUAUAUAGCAAAGAAUUUAAUGAAAAUUGCAACGACCCAAAUUAUAUGAAAUUAUCAAUAGCAGAAGCUUCUUACAAUCCAUUUGAAAUGUCACCAAAAAAACAUAUUGGCUAUUGCAAUCUCACAUUCCCAACUCAUCUUCAAGCCAUCAAAGCAUUUGAAUUCAGUAAAACUUUAACAAUAAAUGGUAAACAAGCAAGACCAAAUCUUAGUAGAUAUAUUUUUGCCGAUAACUCUGCAUCAUCACUUUUAAUUAAAUCUUUAGAAAGAAGAAAAGCAAAACAAGGUCAAGAAAUUGAACACAUGAGAAAAAUGAUAGAUAUAAAAGAAAAAGUUAAACUAUUAGAAAAAAAUUUAAUGGAAAUUAGAAAAAGAACACAAGCCAAUAAUAAUAAUAAUAGUGGGGAAGAAAAUGAUAGUAGCAAUAAUAAUAAUAAUAUUUUAAAAAAAAGAUUAAUGUAA